AUAAGGUAAGAGCCCAAUAGAGUGACCCGAUAACAGGGUAUAUAUGUUGAGACAUAAACAGAGGUCUUCUAGGGUUUUAUAGUGCCUUUUUGCUGCUUGUUGAUAUCUUCUCAAAAGCUCUUCACUCGCACGAACAAAAUGACUGCUCAAACACAAGAGGAACUCUUGGCUGCCCAUCUUGAGCAACAAAUCAUUGAUGAGCCAGUGGUUGAGGAUGAUGAGGAAGACGAUGAAGAUGAUGACGAGGAUGAUGACAAUGACGAAGUUGAUGUUGAAGGACAAGGAGAUGCAAGUGGUAGAUCAAAGCAGAGUAGAAGCGAGAAGAAGAGCAGGAAGGCCAUGCUUAAGCUUGGGAUGAAGGCCAUCCCUGGGGUCAGCCGUGUAACUGUCAAGAAGAGCAAGAAUAUUCUAUUUGUCAUCUCAAAACCAGAUGUGUUCAAGAGUCCCAACUCAGACACAUAUGUCAUAUUUGGUGAGGCUAAGAUUGAGGAUUUGAGCUCACAGUUGCAGAGUCAGGCUGCAGAGCAAUUUAAAGCACCUAAUCUCAGUAAUGUUAUACCAAAGGCUGAGCCUUCUGUCAUUGCUCAAGAUGAUGAAGAUGUUGACGAGACUGGGGUGGAACCAAAAGAUAUUGAAUUGGUGAUGACCCAAGCUGGGGUGUCGAGAUCGAAAGCUGUUAAAGCUCUCAAAGCAGCUGAUGGGGAUAUUGUUUCUGCCAUUAUGGAGCUUACAAACUAAAUUAUGUCUAAGCGAGGCUUUUAAAGGCUUGACUUUGAGUUUGGUUAUAUUUUUCUCCGUUUAAGUGGACUUUAUUUUUGUUA